GUCGGGUGUCGGUUCGGUCCGUCGGCUCCGGCCGAAGGGAGGGGUUGCGGCGGGAUGCGGGUGGCGGUGCUGGUGGCGGUGGUGGCGGCGGUGGGGACAGCCCUGCCCCGCCCGGGGCUGUUCCCCUACGGCCCGGGCCGCGGCGAUGCUCGGCUCCGACCCGGGGACGACGAGAGCUCUCCCGGGCUGCCCCUCCGCCGGGCCCUUCGCCUCUACGGCCGCGCUGCCCGCCGCCUCUACGUGGGGACCAACGGGAUCAUCUCCACCCAGGAUUUCCCCAGGGAGACCCAGUACGUGGAUGAUGAUUUCCCCACGGAUUUUCCUGUCAUCGCUCCCUUCCUGGCUGACCUGGACACCUCGGGUGACAGAGGGAACAUCUACUACCGGCAGGAUGAGUCUCCAGAUGUGUUGGACCAGGCUGUGGGUUACAUCCAGGCUGGAUUCCCCAGCACCACCGGUUCCUUCCUGCCCACCAAUGCCUUCAUCACCACUUGGGAGGAUGUGGGUUCCUACCAGGAGCUUUCCCAGGAUGCUGAGCCCUCCGAGAAGCUCAACACCUUCCAAGCAGUCAUAGCCUAUGAUGCUGAGGACACCUACACCAUCUUCCUCUACCCUGAGGGGGGACUUCAGUUCCUGGGGACACGACCCAAGGAAUCCUACAACGUCCAGCUGGAGCUGCCAGCCCGGGUGGGCUUCAGCCGAGGGGACGGCGAUGACCCAAAGAGGGAUGGGCUCUUCCACAGCCUGGCCAGCAGUGAGCAGGCUCUGAGGAACCUGGAGAGGGAGAGCAACGUGGGGGUGCCCGGCGUGUGGGUCUUCCACGUGGGCAGCACAUCCCCUCUGGAGCACGUGGAGCCCGGAGGUGGCAGAGGACAAAGCCCCGAUGUGUCACCAAGUGCCACCCGCCACGGAGCCCACCAGACGUCCACGGAGCUGCCGGCGUGGCAAGGCUUGGAGGCCACAUCAGGACAGCGGGGUGGGGAGGGCAUUGUCCCCAGGAGGUUGCCCCUGUCCCCCAGGCAGGAGCAGAGCCACCACCUGCACCCUGGUGGGGCUCAGCAGAGCCACUCUGCCAACCCCUCCUCCUACAGCUCCGGCCAGCACGGUGUUGGUGUGGAGGAGGAUGAGCACUUUAAUCCUGAUGUGUUCACCUACAGUGCAGCCAGCAAGGAGACUUGUGCCCAGCACCACAGGCACUGCUCCCCACACGCCUUCUGCACCGACUAUGCCACCGGUGCCUGCUGCCACUGCCGGGCCACCUACUAUGGCAAUGGGCACCAGUGCCUGCCUGAAGGGGCCGUGCAUCGUCUCAAUGGGAAGGUGAGCGGGAGCCUGCUGGUGGGACGGGAAUCCAGCACCUUCCAGGAUGUUGAUCUCCAUGCCUACAUCGUGGGCAGCGAUGGCCGAGCCUACACAGCCAUCAGUGGGGUGCCCCAGCCUGCUGGCCGUGCCCUCCUGCCCCUCCUGCCCAUCGGAGGGCUCUUUGCCUGGCUCUUUGCCCUGGAGGAACCUGGGUCUGAGAACGGCUUCAGCAUCACGGGUGCUGAGUUCACCCAGAGCCUGGAGGUGACCUUCUACCCCAGGGGGGAGACUGUCCACAUCACUCAGACAGCCGAGGGCCUGGGGCCAGACAACUACUUAAGCCUUAAGACACACAUCCGGGGCCAGGUACCAUUUCUCCCUGAGAACACCACAGUCCACAUCACCCCCUACGAGGAGCUCUACCACUACUCCAGUUCAGCUGUCACCUCCUCUGCUCACCGGGAGUACACCCUGCUCACUGGGACAACCAACCAGACCUUGUCCUACCGCCUGCACCAGAACAUCACCUUCUCCAGCUGUCCCUACACCCGCCUGCCCCCCCGGCAGAGCUUGGGGGUGUCCCAUGCCUUCACCCUCUAUGACACCCAGGAGCACGUCCUGCGCUACGCCCUGGCUGCUCGCAUCGCACCAGCACCAGCUGAUGCUGGGAACCCCGUGGUGAACCCGUGCCACGAUAGCAGCCAUGCCUGUGAGGAGCCAGCACGCUGCCAGCCCGGUGUGGGGAUGGAGUACACGUGUGUGUGCUCAGCCGGGUACCGCAGGGAUGGACGGGGCUGCCGAGACGUGGAUGAGUGCUCUGAGGGUCUGAGCCACUGUGGCCCUUUCACCACCUGCCGGAACGAGCCGGGCAGCUACCGGUGCGAGUGCCGCGGGGGGUACCGGCUGGCAGAGGACGGGCAGACCUGUGUGCCUCUGGCACCGGUGACAAACCCCUGUGAGGACGGGAGCCACCCCUGUGCCCCGGGGGACCGUGCUCGCUGCCUGCCCCGCGCCGGGGGACCCCCCGCUUGCCAGUGCCUGCCUGGAUACACCGGGGAUGGCAUCCACUGCUCUGACGUGGAUGAGUGUGCCGAAAAUCCCUGUCACCCCGCUGCCCUCUGCUACAACACCCCGGGCUCCUUCUCCUGCCACUGCCAGCCUGGAUACGAGGGCGAUGGCUUCCAGUGCACGUACGGGAGGACGCGGCAGCUGACCCCCUGCCAGCACGACCAGCUCUACCCACGGGCGGUGCCACCGGGACCCUCACCCGUGGGUGACGGGCACGUCCCCCAGUGUGACGAGGAGGGAGGGUACAGACCCCUGCAGUGCCACGGCAGCACCGGGUACUGCUGGUGCGUGGACGCCGCAGGGCAGGAGAUCGCCGGCACCCGGACGGCACCAGGCAGCACCCCGCCACGCUGCGGGAGCCCAGCAGGGUCCAUGCAGCAGCUGACCCCCUGCGAACACGAGCGGCUCUACCCACGGGCGGUGCCACCGGGACCCUCACCCGUGGGUGACGGGCACGUGCCCCAGUGUGACGAGGAGGGAGGGUACAGACCCCUGCAGUGCCACGGCAGCACCGGGUACUGCUGGUGCGUGGACGCCGCGGGGCAGGAGAUCGCCGGCACCCGGACGGCACCAGGCAGCACCCCGCCACGCUGCGGGAGCCCAGAGCCCACCGAGCGUCCCCCCACCAUGUGCGAACGCUGGCGGCAGAGCCUGCUGGAGCACUACGGGGGCAGCCCCCGUCCCGACCAGUACGUGCCCCAGUGCGAGGCGGGGGGCGAGUUCAGCCCCCUGCAGUGCCACGGGGACAGCGGGUACUGCUGGUGCGUGGACCAGAACGGCAGGGAGGUCCAGGGCACGCGCUCGGAACCCGGUACCACCCCUCCAUGUCUUCCCAGCAUCGCCCCGCCCCGCGUCCGGCCCUCCCCCCGCCCCGAUGUGUCCCCACCGGCCGCGGGGACGUUUCUGCUCUAUGCCCAGGGACAGCAGAUCGGUUACCUGCCCCUCAACGGGACGCGGCUGCAGAAGGAGGCGGCCAGGACCCUGCUCUCCCUCCAUGGCUCCAUCGUGGUGGGGAUUGACUAUGACUGUCGGGACAAGACCAUUUAUUGGACUGAUGUGGCCGGACGGACCAUCAGCCGAGCGAGUCUGGAGUCAGGGGCUGAGCCAGAGACCAUCAUCAACUCAGGACUCAUCAGCCCUGAGGGGCUAGCAGUGGAUCACCUGCGCCGAGCCAUGUUCUGGACUGACAGUGGGCUGGAUAAGAUUGAGAGAGCCCGGCUGGAUGGUUCUGAGAGGAGGGUGCUCUUCGACACCGAGCUGGUCAACCCCAGGGCCAUCACAGUGGACCCUGUCCGAGGCAACCUCUACUGGACAGACUGGAAUCGUGAAGCCCCCAAAAUUGAAACUUCUACUGUCAAUGGAGCCAACAGGAGGGUCCUGGUGAACAGGGACAUUGGGUUGCCCAACGGGCUGACGUUUGACCCCUUCUCCAAGCUGCUCUGUUGGGCAGAUGCAGGAACAAAGCACCUGGAGUGCACAUUCCCUGAUGGCACGGGCCGGCGCAUCAUCCAGAACAACCUCAACUACCCCUUCAGCAUCAUCAGUUAUGCCAAUCACUUCUACCACACGGACUGGAGACGGGAUGGUGUGAUAGCUGUUGAUAAAGAAACUGGCUCCUUCACUGAUGAGUAUCUCCCAGAGCAGCGAUCCCAUCUCUACGGAAUAACUGCAGUUUAUCCCUACUGCCUUGGAGCAAGGAAAUAGUAACUGCUGUUUGGAGGAAUAACAAUCUUUGCACCCAAAAGAACUUCAGACCCAGAAAACUGUUACUGCAUACACCAACCAAGGGGGGAACCCCUGAACUGAGGCCAACAGUGACCUACUUGCCUGCAAAAGAUUACCCAAUAUUUUUUUGAAGUUAUACCUCAAGUCUUUACUACUGUAUUUUUUUUUUAAAAAAGAAAAGUAUUUUACAAAAAGAAAAUAAAUAAAAAAUGGUCCUGUGAAUCUUAGGCCAUUGCUCUAACUCUUUGCUUAUACAAGCAAAUUUAAUACCUAGCUUUCGUAUUCAAAGGUUUUUAUUUUAUUGGAAGAAGAAUGGAUUCAUUUUUUUUAUAGUUUUGAUAAGCUGACCAAUGGGUCCUUUUCUCCAAAAGCAAGUGCCUGUGGGGACCUUUGGAUGCAGCAUCUUGCUGGGUCUGAGUAAUCUACAGCCCUGAAGACAGAGACUGUGCGUGCUCCAGGAGGGUGCAGAAGAGUUUUACAGGAUAUGGCAAAGGCAUGGAAGUUUGUCCAGAGGACAAGUCUGUCUUUUCACCACUGCCUCAAUGCAUGUCUUUUAGUAUUUAUAUUAGAAGAAUAUGCUAGAACUAUCUGUUCAUGCUUGUUGGUUCUUCUAAGUGCCUUCAUAGACCUACCCAGUGUAGACCAAUACCUGUCCAGAAAUACCAUUUACGUUGUAACGCUUCACUGUUUUUCUAGGUUACUUCAAUAAUGGAAUAAAAUGGUUGUUUUGAA